AUGACAUCAGCGGCAUCAGAACCUGUAGCCACCAUUCUCUGCAACUCCAAGCAAACGCGUUUCCAAAUCACCAACCAUCGCGAACUCGACAUUGACGGUGUAAACAUCACUGUAACUUCAGGCGACAAAGCGACUGCCAAGGGAAAGGCCAAGGGGAAAAGCGAUGGCGUCGAAAUUCUUUCUGCCGCCAAGCUUCGGCUGAAAGAGGGACAACGAUAUGCCUUAGUAGGACGCAAUGGGACAGGAAAGUCCACACUCCUCAAAGCAAUCGCCGAAAAGCUCAUCCCUGGUAUCCCAGAAGAGACGAGAAUUGCUAUUCUACAGCAGACUAAACUCACUGAUGAAAAAGAGGAGCUUGAUGCAAACCCAGCCGAAGGUGGUCAGUCAUCUGUAUUGGAGCAAGUCAUUGAAAAAGCGACCGCCAAACAUGCCAUUGAACAAGACAUCAAAGGUCUCGCAGAGGGAAUAAACUCGUCUGAUCCAUUUGCCCCGGUGAAGGCCUUAAGACAGCACAAACACAAAAAGCAUCAGGAGCGUCUUUUUCGUCUGGAUAAAGACGCUCGACUUCGUAGCGGCGCCCGCGGCAUGCAAGCUCGAAAAGCCCUUACAGCAUAUGAGAAAGUUGUAGCAGAGUCGAAUGAGUUGCUUCAGCAGUCAAGCGGGGAUAUCUCUCCCGAAACGCUCCAAGCCGAGACCCAAGAAGCAGUCGACAUGCUUGCAGAUCUCCAACUUCAAAUGGACCCAACUCGCGUAUCAGAAAUCGAAUCAAAGGCAAAAAAGAUCCUUACAGGUCUGGGCUUCUCCGAGACCCUCAUUCAAAAACCGAUCUCAAGCUUAUCUGGCGGCUGGCACAUGCGCGCUUCUCUCGCCACAGCUCUCGUCCAAGAAACAGACAUCCUGAUCCUCGACGAACCCACCAAUUUCCUCGACCUUUUAGGAAUUAUAUGGCUCCAGCGCUAUCUCCAAGGUCUGCAAGACGACGAUAAUCCUCCUACUCUUAUCCUCGUAUCGCACGAUCGCGAUUUCACUUCUCUUUGCACCGAUCUUCUCAUCCUCAAGGACAAGCAGUUAACUUACUUCCAUGGCGACUUACCCACGUACGAGGAGUCGCAAAGUGAACGUAAACAAUGGCUUACCACUAUGAAAGAAGCACAAGAUAAGCAGAAAGCGCAUAUCGAAAAGUCCAUCGCGGCCAACAUGAAAGCUGGCAAGGCAAACGAUGACACCAAUAAGCUGCGCCAAGCCAAGUCUCGUCAGAAGAAACUCGAUAAUCGCUGGGGUUUGCAGGUUAGUGCCAAAGGAGGUCGCUUUAAGCUUAACAGAGACCUUGUGGGCUAUCACUUGACAGCGCGUGAGGACAUCGAUAUUCCACCAGAGGAUCGUCCUGUGGUGGUGAAUCUCCCCGAACCACCUGAUCUGCGCUUCCCUGGCGCUCUGAUAUCCCUGGAGAAAGUUGCCUUCCGCUACUCAUCCAAAACCCCUCUUGUUGUGCAAGAUAUCACCCUAUCUGUCGGCAUGGGGGAUCGUAUCGGUAUCCUCGGUCUCAAUGGCGCUGGCAAGUCGACGCUUAUAAAACUUCUAGUGGAAGAGACUCGACCGACAGCAGGAACUCUGACGACGCAUCCCCGACUGAAACUGGGGUACUACUCUCAACACGCUGUUGAAGCUCUACAGACUCUUGGCCGCUCAGAACCUACACUAACAGCCCUCGCUCUCCUAACUCGAGAAGUCGACGGCGAGCUCACAGAAGGAGACAUCCGCGGUCUUCUGGGCCAGAUCGGUCUUCCAGGCCGAAUCGCAUCAGACGUGCCACUUUGCAAACUCUCAGGAGGACAAGUUGUGCGCUGCGAACUAGCUCGUCUAUUCUGGAGACGACCUCAUUGCCUUGUUCUUGAUGAAGUCACCACCCAUCUUGACUACGAAACCGUCACGGCACUUCGGGAAGCAUUGAGAGAUUGGGAGGGUGCUGUGAUUCUUGUGAGUCACGACCGAUGGUUUAUGCGCGGCGUAAUUGAGGGUGCGGUGGAGGAGGGCGAGGAAACAGAUGAAGAUGACGAUGAGGAGAGUGUGAGAAGACGAGUCGUUUAUAGAUUGAAGGGAGGUACAAUGAGCACGUUAGAGAAUGGCGUGGAUGCAUUUGAGCAGCUCAUGGAAAAGAGGGUCAAGAAGUUACUUCAGGACUAG